AUGGAAACCAGAAACAAGACGUCAAUUAUCGCCCGCAUAGCAAGACAAUUUCAAGGUCGCAACUGGGGCCAAAACCCCCACAUCCAAAAAGUGCUAUACCUCACAGUUGUAGAAAAAAUAGCUUUAUACGCUGCAGUGAUCUGGGCGCAGCCAAUGGGUACUCGCAAGAUCAGGCAACUUACAACGCUACAACGCCCCUUCGCCCUGCAAUUAAGCAAAGCCUACCGCACAACCGCCACCAGUGCAGCAACAGUUCUAGCCGGCAUAUUACCACUCCAUAUAAAAGCAGAGAUGGAGGCAACUUUUACUAAAUUGAUCCACCUACGCAAAGAUGCAACUUUCGCAAAUACCAGCUACAGUCCAGUCCAGUUCGAACGUCCCUCCACUUCUACCCAUACUCAUCCAGCUCUCAGAGGAAGUGGAACCCACAUCAAAAUUGACAAGCAACAGACUCACACCUCGACACACGCACCACGGAAUGGGAACCAGAUCUACACAGACGGUUCAAAGCAGGAGAAUGGUGUAGGCAGUGCUUUUGUGCACUAUGAGAAUGGCAAAACUGUACACGACUGGCAAGGACAACUUCGCACUCACAAUAGCAUCUUCCAGGCGGAAGUACUGGGAAUUACGGCAGCAGUGCAACAUCUCAUAGAUUGCCAGAUCCCACGAGCAAAUAUCUAUACCGAUAGCCUUUCAACUUUACUUGCACUUGAGAACCAUCAUCAUGUCUCACUCUCACCUCUCAUACUCAGUCUCCAACAUCUCCUUAUGCAACACCCUCAUUACCAUUCUCAAUCUAGUCUGGGUUAA